AUGGCAGCAGGGCCGCAUACAUUCAUGACCGUCAACGUCUUCACUGCAGAGAAGUUCAAAGGCAAUCCGCUCGCUAUUGUGGCUGUUCGAGGUGAUGCGCUUUCACAAGCAAAGAAGCAAUUACUAGCGAAAGAGUUUGGGUUCUCGGAAACCGUUUUCUUGCAUGACGCCCCAGUGAGGGGCAUGCCGAGACGCCUUGAUAUCUUCACCCCAGAUGAGGAGAUCCCCUUCGCUGGCCAUCCGGUCCUUGGCACGGCAGCAUAUAUAUUCGGGUGUAUUGACAUACAACCAUAUACUGGACCAGAAGACCGCGAAAACAGGCAAGCUGCUGUGUUGCUGACGAAGGCUGGUCCAAUCACUGUGUUUUCCAACCCCUAUCGUCAGGUGCAGGCGUGUAUCGUGCCUCACAAUGUCCACAUCCACCAACACAAGAUUACGCUCGAUGACAUUAUUGAAGCGCAGCCCCGAUGUCAAUUUAUCCCGGCCAUGGAGAUGUUAAAAAAGAGGACGUUCCCUAUUGUUAGCAUUGUCAAAGGGAUGACUUUUGGCUUAGUUGAUCUGACAGACGCGCCGGGGGCGAUGGCAGUUUUGGGUGCAGAGCGAUCUCCAGUUGCGAAAUUGGAUGAAGGAUGGAAUGCUGGUUUGGCAGGAUGCUUAUAUUACCGACGAGAGGGCGUUGAGGUGAAAGAAGGAGAGCCGACAAUCCACAAAAUUCAUCAGCGUGUGAUGGUGUCUGGAAUGGAAGACCCGGGGACUGGUUCUGCCAGCUGUGCUGUGGCGUGCUACCUAGCACUAAACAUAGCCAACAGCCAAUCCGCCCGGAAGACUCGCUCAUUGGGACAGGGCGAUGCCUCUCAAACCAACGAGGGAAUAGAGGCCAGGACUAGGUCUCUGAGCCUUGGUCCUAAGAAAGAGCACUUCGUCUUUGGCAUUGAGCAAGGAGUGGAAAUGGGACGUAGGUGUCAAAUCUGUGUCGAAGUUGACAUUACCCAUAACGAAGAGGGACACAGACAAGUCAGUGCAGUCAUGCUGAGUGGGAGGAGCACAUUUAUGACCAAAGGAGAAUUAAUUGGUGUAUACUGA